AUGACUGGCUUGCCAGCCAGAACCCAGCGCGUCAGCCGUGCGCGAUUCAAUUUUUCUGGGACAAAGACUCCAAGCGAGACAUCAUCAGCGAGCAAGCCCACAAUAGUUCAAGAUGUUCAGGCACCAGCGUUUUCCACUGAAGUUGCUGGCCUAGAGCCCGCUGCUAAGGUCAGGAAGCUCGAAAAGGUUGACCCUCCUCCCAUGCCUCAACCCAUGCCCAUUGUUCCAGCAGCAACCCCUAUCCGCAACAUGAUAGCGUUGCCAUCUGGUUCUGACUGGAGCGGAGUGACGGUCUGCUUUGCAACUGAGCUUACCACCAUACCCCAAGCAGAGGCUGAGGCGAGACUGCUAGCAGCUGGUGCAAAAGUUGGGGCAGCUGUUUCGCAGCGCACGUCCAUCUUAGUUCUUGGAGGUAACGGACUGGAUGGAAAGUCCGCAAACGAGUCGGCAAAAUACCAGAGAUUCAAGGACCUGGAAGCCAAAGGCAAAGUCCAUGCAAAAGUGCUUGCAGAGGCAGCCUUUCUUAGCAUAUUACCUGGCGCUGCUUCACAGAACGUCAAGCAGGCUACGCUAAAGACUGAGCAACGUCCUGUUCCUGAGACCAGGCCUGCUCGACAAGACAAGGGUCCUAGAGGGCGCAAUUGGGUCGACAGCUUCUCCCCUAGCAAGCUGGAUGACCUGGUGGGGAAUCAGCCUGCCAUUCGAAAGCUAACGUGCUGGCUGCAAGACUGGGAAGACGUGGUUUUUCGGGGCAAGAGCAAGAAGCUUGCCUUUCAGCAUGGAAGCGCUCCUGACAACCUGAACGCCAAAGCAGCGUUGGUAAGUGGGCCACCAGGAGUUGGCAAGACCACUAGCUGCCGUCUGGUGGCCCAGCUACAUGGUCGAUACGAGGUGCUGGAGUACAACGCAUCAGAUGCAAGAGGACAGAAGGUCAUCCAGGAAAUGGCAGACGGAAUCGCUGAGAACACCACCAUUUCAUUCCAAGGUGGUCGGCAGGGCAAGAGGAAGGUGGUGAUCAUCAUGGAUGAGGUUGAUGGCAUGGGUGGUGGUGACAAGGGUGGCAUUGCUGCUCUGAUCAAGAUGAUCAAGAGGAAUGAUGAAUUGCUGCGCCUGUUUGCAGAGGUUCGAUCCUUGGCCUCCAGCUGCUACGACGUGAAGUUCACCAGGAGCAACUUGCCGGAACCUUGUGGAAGUUUGGGCAAGAUGAUGCUCCGCAAGGCCUCCAAGACCUGCAAUAGCGCAGAGGUGCGCGCAGAUCGCAAGGUGGGUGUCAUGCAAACAUGGCCUCUGAGCCAACUGGAACUGAUUGAUGAGUCCACGUAUUUCGAUCACGUUGCAGGCAGCAAGGCCUCCAGGUGGACAUGGCUCGUUUGGAGGCGCAGCACUGGGCCAUUCGGCCUAACGUGGCGCAUCACGUGCCUUCUGUACCAGGCAAUCGUUGAAUCCUGUGGUUCUGAACCAUUUGCAGAUGAUGGCGGCCAGCAACGCUUCCCCGAGAACGAUGAGGAUCAAGCAGUGAUGCUGAGCCCCUUCGACGUGUGCCUGGCCAUGAUGGCCAAUGCUUUAGUGGUGCAGUCAUCGAGCCACUUCGAGUUCCUCAAUGAAAGGACACCCAGAAAAGCCGUAAUUCGAUGGGUUUUCAUGGUGCUAAGCAAGAACUGCAUUCACAUGGUUGGAGUGGAGCCUGCUACCACACUGUGCGGCGCCUUGCUCAGCACAGUUCGAGCAGGAAAGUACGUUCCAUACAGCGAUGUCAAGAUGGUAUUCGCAGAGGGUUGCAUUGAAGGCGAAGCGUUCGCGUGCCACAUGGGGUAUGUGAGGUUUGCCCUGGGCGAUGGAAAAAAGGAAAUCUUCUGCAUUCGGUUUGCUCCUGACGACCUCUACCUGGCAGCUUGCGGGAAUGGGUUCGUCCACGUAUAUAACACGCGCACCUCCCAGUUGGCAUUCAAGCUCGCCGGCGGCAAAUCCGAGGAUAUUGGACUGCCGGUGACGCAAGUGAGAUGGCGGCCAGAGUGCUUUGGCAACACAAAGUCCAUCCUUGUUUCCGUGGGAGCCGAUGGAAAGAUUACGCAUUGGCAUGCCUUCUCUGGCAAGCAGAUGCAUGAGAUCACCGAGCCCGAGAAUCAGCUCUUUUGCUUGGAUUUUCUCUAUGAUGGCACUCAAUUUGCGACUGCUGGCAAACAGCGUCAUAUUCGGAUUUACGAUGAGUCCACAAAGAAGCUCGUUCAGCUGAUGCGAGGUGGAGAUGACGUAAACACCGUCGGUCCAUCAAAUCGCGUUUUCUCGCUGAAGUAUCACCCCCUCAUGCGUCAUGUGGUUGUAAGUGGAGGUUGGGACAGCUCCGUUCAAAUUUGGGAUGUGCGCCAAGGCCGCGCGGUUCGUGAAAUUGGAGGGCCGCAUAUUUGCGGUGAUGCCCUGGACAUUUGUCAAGAUGGAGAAACUUUGCUUACGGGCUCCUGGCGAAUCCAGGAUCAGCUUCAGCUCUGGGACUUCAGGAGCGCUCCCAUUCGUUUGUGGAGGAUUUAA